AUGAGCGCUCCCAGUAGAGACCUGGAAGAGCUCCGCCAAGAUGCUGAACGACUCGCGACCCAGCCGCCACAGUGCUCUAGUAGAGAUGAGGCGCUCGAGGUUGCGAUCAAGGCGGCGGAGACUGCUUUCAGCGCGCUUAGGCUGGUGAAAGACCCUAUCGAGAAGGCCAAGUAUACUGCGAGGGCGAAGGCGCUGAUGCAAGAAGCCGAGGCGAUCAAGCAGAGCAAAGACUGGAGAGAAGCCAUUGCGCCGACAUCACAACCACGAGGAGAAGCUGCAUUUGAUCCAAGCCAGAUCAGACUGCUCAAGGAGCCCGUCAACAGCCGUGCCCUGCCAACGAGUGAGCAAAUCAUCAUCCUUCGCGCUGGCUUCCUCAAUGGUGAGAAGUUUCCUGAAUGGAGUGGCGCGCCAUCACCCAGUGAGUUUGAGCACAAAGAUGGUGAGGAGUUGUUUCUCGACGACUCAUCAGAACUUCCACUAUCCGAUUUCCAGCUCGAUGUACUCGAUGACUGGAAACGACCCAUCGAGGCAUUGCCGCCACCUUCAUGGUUCCCAGGAGACCGCACCAAUCUUGGCCCAUCGAUGAACUUCUUCCGAGAUAUUGACUUAGUUCAAGAUGCCGCGACGGAUUGUUCGGUCGUCGCUUCGUUGUGCGCUGGAGUUGCGCGUGGCAAGCGUGGCCAUCCAAGAAUGAUGCAGGCCUUCCUGUAUCCUUAUGAUGUGAACAGUGGCAAACCUUAUCUUUCGAAGAACGGCAAAUAUGUUGUACGCAUGAACUUCAACGGCUGCUUCCGCAAGGUUGUGAUUGACGAUCGCCUCCCCACCAGUUCGACAGAGCGAGUCAUUCACGUGGUGGACCGGAACAAUCCUGGUUUGCUUUGGCCGGCAUUGCUCGAGAAGGCUUACUUGAAGGUCCGAGGUGGCUACGACUUUCCAGGGAGCAACAGUGGCACAGAUCUGUGGAUCUUGACAGGCUGGAUCCCGGAGCAGGUGUUUCUUCAAGCCGAUGAUCUCGAGCCGGAUCGUUUCUGGAAACGAAUGCUGAACGGCUUCUUCUACGGCGAUACACUGAUCACUCUCGGCACCGGCAAGAUGUCGAGCAAGACAGAGCGUGCGCUUGGACUGGCGGGAGAGCACGACUAUGCGGUGUUGGACUUGAAGGAGAUUGACGGGCAGCGCCUCAUGCUCAUCAAGAAUCCAUGGAUUGAAGGCACGAGCUGGCGUGGGAGGUUCAAGAACACAACGAGGGGCAAGUCCAACACGCAGGUACAGCCUGGCGAUUCGCCUCUGAUCCAGCUCGAGGACGAUCCGGAGCCAGUCGACUCGCCACGAGAUCUCCUGAACGUGGAUGAUCAACUGACGCCAGGCACGUUUUGGAUGGAUCUCGACAAUGUACUGCAGCAUUUCGAGUCAAUCUACCUCAAUUGGAACACUGGUCUUUUCUCACAUCGUCAAGACAUUCAUUUUGCGUGGGACCUCUCUGAACCUGCAGACGGAGGUGUCGGAAAGACAAGAGGCCCUUAUGCAAGUCUCCAACAUAACCCGCAGUUCACAGUGACCGCCAGCAAGAAAGGUGACAUUUGGAUCCUGCUUUGGCGGCACUUCCACAAUUCUGUGCCUGACACUGCCACUGCCGAUGAGAUCGAGAGCGGACGGCACUUCAUCGAUCUCAAUGGCCACAUCUCCCUCAUAGCCUUUGCAUCCGGUGGUAAACGGGUCAUGUUGCCUGAGCGGCACCUACAGAAGGGCUGGUUUGUGGACAGCCCACAGACCUUGUUAAAGCUCGAAGGCUGCGAGCCGAACAAAGUCUACACUAUUGUACCGCUGGAGCAAGAGCUGCCUGCGACUAAGCAUAGCUUCACGAUCUCGGCGUUCAGCGACUCUUCAGUAGCAGUCUCGCAAGCGACGCCACGAUACGCCUACGCUAUUGAAGCACUUGGAAUGUGGACGAAAGACUCAGCUGGCGGGAAUGCGCAGACUAUGACUUAUUGCGACAAUCCACAGUACUCACUCUUGGUUGCGCAGAAGACCAGCGUCAGCUUGCUCCUCGAAGCAUGCAACCCACAGCUGAACGUGCAUGUCAAGCUGCUGCACAGCAACGGUAAACGUGUAUUCUGCAUCCGCAACAAAGACAUCAUCGUGGACAGUCGCGACUACCGACCUGGUUGUUGUCUGGCUGAGACAGAAGAGCUCGAUGCCGGUCAGUACACAAUCAUCUGCAGCACUUUCGAGCCUCAGCAGCUCGGCAACUUCAGUCUUCGCAUCGAGUCCAACCAACCAACACAAGCUCGACUUCUGCCGCGUGAAGGAGCUGGGCGCAUCCGAACAGAGCUCAGCACCGUCGCCUUCAAGAACGGAGAGAACAAAGUGGCCGCGCCGCUGCACCCGAAGCGACUCGUGAACUUUUACGCCAUUGCACGGUACAUGGACAACACCCGCUUCCGAAUGUCGAACCACUCCCACGUCCGGCUGAGCAUAGAAUGUGGUAGAGGACCGACCCGGCGGAUGGUGAUAGCGUCGAAUGGUGGUGACUUCUCAGACAGUGCUGGCUCCAUACGGACGGAGCCCAUCGACCUCUCGUAUAAUGAGAUCAGGCGGUUCGGACAUGGUGAUUGCUGGAUUGUGCUGGACCGAAUGUCAGUUAGCUCAGACAACCAGGAGGAGAGGUUUCGAAUCGAGAUCUUUGCGGAUCAGCCUGAUGCUAUCGAUUGUGGUGUGUGGCGGGCUUGGGAUGAUUAG